AUCCCCUCGCCUCCUCCGCUGCCCCAUAACUGAACUGCAAUCGUGAUGGCUGCCGUCUACAAUCCCUACCCUAUGCCGGGCGCUGGCCCUCCUAUCUCGCGUUAUGGCCCGCCGCCUCGCUCGUACUCGCCGCCUCGCUUGAGCUCUUGGCCGCCUCCUGCUCCUGCAGGGGCUGAUCCUCAGAUGUGGACGUGGUUCCACGAGGUUGACACUAACAGGUCGGGGCAUAUCACUGCGCUCGAGCUGCAGCGCGCCCUCAACAAAGGCGCCUGGACGUUCGACCUCGAGACCGUGAAGGUGUUGAUGACCAUCUUCGACACCGACAACAACGGCACGAUGAACUUCGAUGAGUUCGCCGCCCUCUGGAAGGACAUCGAUGGCUGGUACAAGGCCUUCUGCGACUUUGACCGCGACCGCUCGGGCACUAUCGACAGCGCCGAGCUCAACCAGGCGCUCUGCCAUUUCGGCGUCCGCUUCUCCCUCCGCAUGCUCAACCACCUCGAGCGCAAGUACCUCCCCGAGAGCGCCUCCAUGGUCCCCGGCGGGCCUCCCCCGGGCAUCACCUUCGACCGCUUCGCGCGCAUGUGCGUGCUGAUCAAGCACCUCAAGGGCGCCUUCGCGCAGCUCGACACCGACCACGACGACUGGAUCCAGGUCAACAGCGACCAGUUCAUGGAGACCGUGCUCAUGUUGCUGUAAGGCGCGAUCCCUAUUUCCGCUAUAAUGUCCAAUGCAUGUCGAGUCGCUUCCACCAUUUCGAAGUCUUCUGUCUCCUCCCUUUGCCUGUACUUGUAUGAAGUUUCAACCCCGUGUAUGUGUACAUGAUUGUGAAUAUACUUGUCAUCCAUA